UAUAUUCAACAGGUAGAAUCAUGUUCCCUACUGCACUACCUCCCUUCUCCGAGUCAGGCUGUGUGAGAAACAGCCCCUGGUAAUCAUUGCAGAUUUCAUCCACUUCAGACAUGUUUCGUGUGUGGAUCAAACUCUGUCUCCUCUUGCCAGGGGUAAGUAGCUUCAUGAUCCACAACACCCUCCACAGCCUGUGCUUGGAGAACUUCCCCAAGACGGGCCUGGUUCAGCUGAAUAAAUGCAACCUGGACUCAGUUCUCCAGCAGUGGAUCUGGAGGGACCAGAGUCUCCUGGAGUGUGUGGGGACCUCCAGAUGCCUGUCGGCCCACCACUCUGACCCUGUCCAGACUGUACCCUGUGAGGGGGUAGAGGAUGGGGGACACAGGGGUGAUGGGGGGCUGCGGUGGGGGUGUGAGUUGAACAGGCUGAUCAGUCAGAACAGUUCUCUGGAGCUCUCCACAGACGGGAAACGACUGACGCUGUCCCACAGGAGCAAGCAGACCAAGUGGAGGUCUCUGGAUGAAGGGGAUAUAUGCCAGGAGAGGCUCAGAUCCAAAAGGGCAUGGAGCGAUCCCGAUGAGUUUGAGGUGAAGCCUGCGGAAGAGCAGAAAGCAGGGCCUCCUGGUAUGACCGAUGAACAGAAAGAAUUCCUCAGAUGGUUCUAUCGCACUGAGGACCCAACUCCCUGGAAGUUUGCGAUGCUGGCUCUGUCCUUCGCUGCCCUUCUGCUGGGCUGUCUGCUUCUGGGAAUGGGCUCCAUGGCGAACAAAAACAGGAAUAAGAUAGCCAAGUACAAGGCGGCGGCUCUGGCCAUGAAGCCGGAGGUGGAAGAACUACAGGUCAUCAUCACGGAAGUUGGAGGUCAAAGAACUAACUCAGAGGUCAAACCUGUCAACAGCGCCUCUGUCCAGGUCAGUAUGAGCCAAUCUGAGAUCCCAGUGAGCCAGGCCAAGCCCCUCCAGGACAACGGGGAGGUAGAGGGGCUCAAACCGGGGGACAUUGUGGUGACCUGGAAUGACGGGAACGUGUCCAGCCUGUACCCUGAGCCUGAGGGGGAAGUGGAGGUGUUGGCGGAGGUAGAGAAAGAGGAGGUGGUGGAGGAGGUAGAGAAAGAAGAGGCAGAAGAGGGAGUGGUGGUAGAGGGAUGAAGGAGAGAGAUAUAACAGCCACGUUCCUCAUUACUGCUCCUCUGCAGAGGCAGAACAGAAACUUCUAUUUACUUAGGCAUAACUGUCAUUUUAAGUUGUUUUAUUUUUACCUGUAACUUAAACAACCACUGUCUGUUUAAUUACUGUAAUGCCCUUUUUACACUACUGUGCUGAGCCAGACCGUACUGUGCUGAGCCAGACCGUACUGUGCUGAGCCAGACCGUACUGUGCUGAGCCAGACCGUACUGUGCUGAGCCAGACCGUACUGUGCUGAGCCAGACCGUACUGUGCUGAGCCAGACCGUACUGUGCUGAGCCAGAACGUACUGUGCUGAGCCAGACCGUACUGUGCUGAGCCAGAACGUACUGUGCUGAGCCAGACCGUACUGUGCUGA